CAACCAUAGUCUAGUACAGUUCUAUGGUUCUAGUUUGCCGUCUCUCCGUGUUGUUUUGGGUUCGGCGCCUUCUGCUGCCGGUUCACGCGUAAAUACCUGGGCUGACAGCUGUCGAGUACGUGUUCCGUGCCGACUGCUAUACAGCAAACCAUUAUGUGGGCUUGCAGAACAGCUCAAGUUUUGUGCUGAUGUUAGUUGUGCCCACCAAGAUCUAUCCUAUCUGCAUCGUUGACAACAAUUAGCUGCAAGUGCUGAUUGCUGCUGGUUGCCUUAGUCCAGGAUCUGGCUUCACAAAUGCGAUGAGCCUAGCUGAAAGCAUCGCAGCCAAAAAGGCAUGCUACAGCCCUUCCAAGGCUGCCGGUCAGGUCGAGGUUGCCACGCAGUGCAGCUUGCCUCUGGCUGACAAGUCUGUCGGGUGCUCGUUGAAAGCAGGGAGCGAGUCUAGGAGCGUGCAGACUACGGAGGCUGUGGAUCAGUUAAGCUACACCUCAGCAUCAAGACGUUCUAUUUCUCCGUCAACUGCCAAAUGUGACAUCUCAAAGCAAGGUUGCCUCCACCAAUGUCAUCUAUGGGACUAUGAGGCUGAUGAACUGUUUCAUCUGGAUGCACAUGCCAGCUUUCAUACUGGCGAGAGGCCAUUUCAGUGUCCUUCAUGCCAUAGGAGCUUGCCAAACAGACACAAGUUAAGUGUUCACCUGCGCACCCACACAGGCGAGAAGCCAUUUGAGUGCCCUUCAUGCUCUCGGAGGUUUGCACGACAGGCCUACCUGAAAUCCCACCUGCGCACCCACACAGGCGAAAAGCCAUUUGAGUGCCCUUCAUGCUCUCGGAGGUUCGCACAACAGGGCUACCUAAAAUCCCACCUGCGCACCCACACAGGCGAGAAGCCAUAUCAAUGCCCUUCAUGCUCUCGGAGCUUCUCACACAAGGGUCACCUAAAAGCCCACGUGCUCAUCCACACUGGUGAGAAACCAUAUGAGUGCCCUUCAUGCUCUCGGGGCUUUUCAAACAGAUACGACUUAAGCGUUCACCUGCGUGCCCACACAGGCGAGAGACCGUUUGAGUGCCCUUCAUGCCCUCAGAGCUUCUCACGAAAGGGCCACCUCAAAGACCACCUGCAAACCCACACAGGCGAGAAACCAUUUGAGUGCCCUUCAUGCUCUCAGAGCUUCUUACACAAGCGUAAUUUGAAAGUCCACCUGCGUACCCACACAGGCGAGAAGCCAUAUCAAUGCCCUUCAUGCCCUCAGGCCUUCUCACACAAGUCUCACCUGAAAGUUCACCUGCGCACCCACACAGGUGAGAAGCCAUAUCAGUGCCCUUCAUGCUCUCAGAGCUUCUCAUACAAGGGUCACCUGAAAGUCCACCUGCGCACCCACACAGGUGAGAAACCAUAUCAGUGCCCCUCAUGCUCUCGGAGCUUUUCACAAAAGAGCCACCUUAGGCAACACAUGAGGCGAGAAGCCAUUUCAGUGCCCUUUAUGCCUUCAGAGAUUCUUGUUGAAGAAUGCCCUGAAGAUACACCAGCCCAUUCAUACAGGUGACCGGCCAUGUAGUUGCACCAUCUGCUCCAAGUCUUAAUGCAGUGUCAUCGCUAUUGCAGACAUAAGAGGUCACAGCACCAUGGUACUGUAGGAUAGGUCGACAACCAUGUUGAACGAGAGUCUGAAGUAUAAAUCUACAAAUGUGUAGCAUGUUGCAUACUGCUCUGCUGCAUCAUUUAGCACAAGUAUCUCCAUGUGCUCCUAAGAGGAAGCUUUAUCUUGGGCCCAAUUUUGAUGCUGCCAAUUCAAAUACAUGUAAAAUGCAGUAACGCUUUUCUGAGAUAACCACUGAGCCAAUUAUAAUGAAAUUUGUUGUGUUUCAGAGAAAAAGUUCUAUUCUAGUGACUGCUGGAAGCAGAAUUUCGAUUGAAGGCCUGAAUGUAAUAACAGGAGUUUACAAAAAUUUGAAAAAGUUGGAACAAGAAGUUUAUAAAUUCGUAGCUCUGCUCUUAGAAUAAAUAUCGUAGUUUUGUAAACAGCAUACAGUAGAUCAUCCAAAGCCGAGAGAUUUGAUGUAUCAGUUUACAUUGCAGACUAUUCUACGACUAUUCUGCAGACUACUUAGACUGAAGACUAUUCUACACUCAAAUCCCAAUAAAUUCUGGUACUUUCAGUAAAGACGCGUUCUAGGCAGAUUGAACUAGCAGAUUCGGAUGGCAACCUCAUUAACUCUGAGAAAUGCGCGUCGGCUCUUGAUGACUACUUCACCUCAGUUUUCUCCAACACUAAUGACGUUCCCGUUAAACUAAUACCACCACUUUCAGUAAAAUUGAUGCUGGACAUCAAGAUCAACGUUGAUGGGACACAUAGCCUCAUUAAUUCACUAAAACUUAGCUUAAUGUGGUAAUAUAUA